AUGGACUCGGAGAUGAGCUCUGAUGAGUUCGAGAUGGUUGAAUCUGGCGACAUUGUUAAGCAAAUGCUUGCAGAUGAGAAGCCAGACCUCGCGGCGAUAAGGGCGUGGUUGAAUCCUACUGACUAUCUAGCUUCGUCCAGCGAGUUCAAUCGCCAUGCCUCAUCCAAGUCCCCUGAAACAGGCGAAUGGAUUAGAAAGACCUCGCAAUUUAAGCAGUGGCAUUCAUCCGCUGAUCACGGGUCUAUCUGGAUCAAGGCAGUCCCGGGUGCGGGGAAGAGUGUCCUUGCAGCCUCGAUGGUACAAUCCCUCUCGAUGCAUGAGUCUGUACCCGUUCUUUUCUUCUUUUUCAGACAGAUUAUUGAAACGAACCGCACUUCUCGCGGUCUUCUGCAAGAUUGGAUGUAUCAACUUUUGCCCUUCAGCGAAAUACUGCAAUUGAAUCUAUUUGGCUAUGUGAAAAACAAGCAGAGUCAGGAAAGUGUAUCCACAGAAGAGUUGUGGAAACACUUGUUAGCUGGCCUGAAGUCGCUCGAAAGAGUGUAUUGUAUUGCCGAUGCGUUGGAUGAGAUGGAUAUGGAUGAGGAUUUUCUUUCUCGACUUAAUGUCUUGGGAUCAUUUAGGCCUGCGCAAGUCAAAGUGCUAUUGACUAGUCGACCAAAAGAAUAUCUUCAGCGAGCCUUAAAAAGCCCUCAAGUUAUCCACGUCAGCCUAGAGGAGGAACUUGUGAAACGAGAUAUAUCGGUAUUUGUUCGACAGCGCGUGAUGGAGUUCGAAAUGGGUGGAAUUGAUGAGAGCUAUUUCAUCGAGAAGACUGUUUGCGAGCGCUCACAAGGCCUUUUCUUGUACGCGCGCCUCAUGCUUGAUCAAAUUGGACAUUCAAUCAAAGAAAAAAACUACAAGGAGGCUUCAAUACCAGAAAUGAUUGCCAAAUUGCCUGUGGGCCUUGAGGAGAUGUAUAAUAGGCUACUUUUGAAUCAUGCAUUACUAACAAAUAUCCAUCAGGAUAUUCAAGUGAUUAUUCUACGACUGAUUACUCAAUCGGCACGACCCAUGCGCCUUAUCGAAAUUGGCAAAGCUAUUGAAGACAAUCCCCAAGUCUUAAGAAGUGGCAAAGACAGCAAAGAUAUUGUCAGGUCUGCUUGUGGUCCACUUUUAGAAAUCAUGGAAGAUGGAGUUGUUCAAAUUUUGCACCAUUCUUUCACAGAAUUUCUUUUAGACGUUGGUCGCACUACAUCUACCACGUUAGACUUCCCUCAAUUUCCUGUCAUCGAUCCUAAAAAUGCGCACCGAGAGAUCGCUCUUAUUUGUAUCAGCCAGCUUCAAGGAGUUGCAUUUUCUGCAGACUCCAUGUUAGAUGGUAUAGUUUGUGGUGGAAGUAAAGCCCCAAGACGUGUAGCGGGAUUUUCCAAACAACAAGAGUUUAACUUUCGUCAAUUAUUCAUCCAGUAUCCACUUGCGGAGUAUGCUGCAACGAAAUGGACUUAUCAUGCCAAGAGAUAUGACUAUGAAGAUCCAAGUUUCUACGAAAGACUGGAAGAAUUUUGUAAUCAUGAAAAUCAGGCAUUCAAAUCUUGGUGCAUAUUGGUCGGCAAGUCGAGAAAAGCUUUCAGUAUGAAUGAUUUCCAGCGAAAUUUUGAUCCAUGUAUAGCAUUAGAAAAUGUAUCCCAACUUCACAUAGCUUCUGGUUUUGGGCUAGUCUGCUGGACACAAAGAUUAGUAGAAAAAGGUGCAGAUCUCGACAUCCUAGACGGUACAGAGAAUACACCUUUGUUUUGGGCUGCUAAAGGCGGUCACUUCGGAGUUGCCCAAAAACUAUUAGAUGCUGGUGCGCAGCCAAAUAUUGAUGGAUAUUAUGGGUUGAAGCCCCUUCAUGUUGCAGCCUCUCACAACCAUGCAGGAGUGGUUAAGCUCCUUCUUAGCGCUGGCGUCUCCCCUCUCACACCUAAAACGAAGGACGUAGAUACUGUGGGCAGAUGUUGUAAAAUAUCACGAUCAAAUCCUUUUAAUCAUCCAUUGAUGUUCGCCAGUAAUUCUGGACAUUUAGAAACAGUAAUAGAGAUGAUACCAUACUGCGGGACGAAGGAUCUUGAACGCUCUCUCUUGCAAUCAGCUUAUCAUGGACAUCAUGCUCUAGUGUCUACUCUUCUGGAAAGGACGGAUGUUUCUCCAAAUGCAAAAGCACUCUUAGGGAAGGGCGACAUAAACAAGAUAGGAGGACAAACUGCACUUAUGGUAGCGACAAGCUCCCUCGAACCAAAGUCAGUAAAGGUAUUACUUGAAAAGGGAGCGAUUGCAAGUCUGCCAGGCACAUCUAAGAACGAUGUUCCAGCUCCUCGUACCAAACUUCUUGUUAACCCAUUCAAAUUGGAAGGCAGAACCCCGCUCCAUAAUCUUGCUAUUGCUGCGGUGGCAGAAGAAGAGCAAGCUGCUGCGAAGGAAAUCUUGGAUAUGCUCUUAUUGGCGGGCGCUGAUCUUGAGGCCAGAGAUGAUAAUGGCUACACCCCUCUGCUACUUACAGUGGUGACUGCCAGACUUACACCAAUGACUGACGUUGACAAAUUUUGUCAAAACUUCAUGAAACUUUUGCUCUCGGCUGGUGCUAAUCCAUGCGCUAUGAGCUCCAACGGUGAAACGUUACUUCACCGAGCUUGCGCAGCUUUGCCAUCGACUAACGUUGCGAAACAACUUUUAGCCUUCGGAGCAAAUCCUAACCAAGCUCAAAUUUCAAAUGGGUUCACGCCUUUACAUUGUGUAGUGGGUAACACAGCCGAGCAUAUCCAAUUGCUUGUCAGCCAUGGCGCUGAUAUUAACGCUCAAGAUACAGAAGGAGAUUCUCCACUACAUCGUGCUUGUAGAUCUCAUUCAAUAAGGCCUAAUCUCAAUAUCCAAAACAAGCUUGGCGAGACCUGUUUACACAACAUAAAUAUCGGUAUCGAUACUGGUGUGAUCAACUCCAUAAUCGACGCCGGGAUAGAUUUAGAGAUACGUGAUCUGGAAGGCAUGACAGUCUUACUUAGAGCUGUUAAUAGAAAUAUGUGUUCGAGUACGGAAAUGAAAAAGAUAGAAACACUUUUAAAGCAUCCGAGAAAGGCUUCUAUCUCUGCUCGAGCAUGGCCACAAGGAAAAACAGCACUGCAUUUAGCUUGUCACAAACGGAACUCUAUUGACAUUCUCGAAUUACUCGUUAAAUAUGGUGCAGAUCUCACUUGGACAGACAGUACGAAUGGCAAUAGUCUGUUACACGAAGUCGCAGAAUUUUUCGAUGGAAGGUCUACAAAUACCGCUCUGAUUGAGUACUUAUAUCAGAAUGGCGUUUCGGUCAAUGCAAGAAAUUAUCGGCAGCAAACCGCUUUGCACAUCAUGGAACCAGUUCAAAGCUACAUUCAACCAUCGAGGAGUAUAGCCAACAGAGAGACUUUCAUCUCUAUCAUUCUUCGGCUCUGCCCCGAAUUUGAUGUUAAUGUGAAAGACACGGAAAAUUACACGCCCUUUCACUAUGCCUGUGCUACCUCUGAAUCAUCGGCUUUUGCUUUGGUAAAGGCCGGCGCAGAAUUAGACGUUAAAGCUUUCAAUGGGCGCACUCCUCUUCAUUGCGCUGCUCGCGGACGUCAAUGUGGUAUUAUAUCAAUGUUACUCAGCCAGGCUCAAAAUGAAUCUGCUAAAAGCAAGAAACUUGCCGAAAUCCAAACAAUGGCGCCAAUGGUCAAUGUUGCGAAAGCACUGGAUGAAUGCAUAGACACAGAUAUUAAUCUAACGUCGCAUAUCCCAGAAUUAGAUGAAAUUACAAUGGAUCACAUGGUCGCGAGAGGAGUCGAUUUUACAAAGGGGAUUAUGAAAAAUGACGUUUACUCAGGGCCUCCAAUUGCUAGACUCGCAUACUAUGGGUUGACCGAAUUUAUGAAAAAGAUACUUUCCAGUGCAAAACUAUUCGAUGAUCCCAAAUUUACCAGUUCGAUUACAGAGAGCUCUGAUUGUAAAUUUUAUGCAUGGAGGGGCAUUCGACCACUGCUACAAAUGGCCUGUCAGCGGUCGAUCUGGAAUAUGGAUAUGGUCAAACUCUUAGUUGAAGAAGGUCAAGUGGAUUUGAAUGCUCAUCAGAUGCUUAGGGAGGUAGAGAAUGGUACCAUGACUGAUAAAAUUCAAGGAACUACAGCUCUUCAUAUAUUGGCGGAGGGGAACUUUUGGUGGCAGAUAGAGGCUGUUACAUACUUGGGUGAACAUGGUGCCGAAGUAGAUAUUUUGGACGAAAAUGGUCGGACUCCUUUAGAAAUUGCCAGUACAUACAGUGAACACAGCUCAAAAAUUGGGAGGAAAUUUUUCCGACCUCAAUGCUGUGAGGCUCUACUGAAAUUAGGAGCAAACCCUAAUAAAAUUAAUCCAGAAGGUCUCACAGCUCUCAACAAGGCCGGUUCUGACAGAGAUACCGUCCAACUCCUUCUAAAAUACGGCGCAGAUAUCAAUGCGGGAAUGAAAGGUUUACUUGCAUCAGCUAUUGAAAGCGGAGAUGUAAAAAUUCUCCAACUUUGCCUUGAAAAUGGAGCUGAUCCCAAUGUUCCGGAUCAUUCGACAGAUUCUAGUUUUCGAGCUCAACAUGAAAAGGGUAAUGUAGCCAGGGAAUAUCCCAUUGUGACGGCAGCGCUACAAAACAGGUAUAAGAAAUAUUCUGUUUCCACAGCGGUAGAGAUGAUAGAACUCUUACUGGAUCAUGGUGCUAGAGUCGAUUUACCUAUUGACCAGGAGCAAACUAUCUUGCACCACUUGUUCGCAAAUGCCACUUCGGCAACCCUCCAACCUUUCUUCGAAAGGUCAGGAAUCGAUAUGAACAGUAGGGAUCAGUCUGGCCGGACUGUACUCCUAUCCGCCAUUUCAAAUCCCACCGCAACGGAACUGGAGGAACAUACUGUACGACCUGGCCGCCAUCAACCCCAAUCAAGAUACGUGAACCCAUGUAUACACCUUAUCAAUUCAAAAACACAUGGCUCCUCACUCGACUUUCUGGCAGUGGAUAAUGAAGGGCGCCACAUAAUAUUCUACUUAAUCUACAGAUGGACCACUGAAGUCUCAUCGCUGCUCCUCUCCAUCCCGGGUGUCCGCUCUCUCAUUACCCAAAAGGAUAAUGCGGGUUAUUCUCCCCUACAUCAUGCUUUCGCUGCCCCUAGAUUUACUCCACAUUUUCCCAUCACUAAAAUUGUUGAUACUUUCUUAAACGAAGGGGGUACCGAUCUUCUAGAACCUGAUCCACAAUCCGAUACGGCAUUGCAUUACAUAUCACGCAAACUUCCCUCUGAGCCGCCGGGUCUUCUCCCAUUUAUGGACCGAUUUAUUGCUUUAGGCUGCGAUAUGAAUGCACGGAAUGAUAUGGGCAUGACACCCUUACUAGAAUAUCUUCAAUGCAGCAGAUAUCAGUCUAACCUCCCAUGGUUUAAAGAACAUGGUGCAGAUUUCAAGGUCAAGAAUAAUGAAGGAGAAGGAGCGCUACAUAUUGUUGCCAAGAAAAAAGCCUACAUAUCAGCAUGGAGAAAAGUAAAUGAGGAAAGAAAUCCCGUUGCGCAAUUAUUUGAGGUGUUGGUUAAGGAGUAUGGAUGCGAAGUUUUGGAUGAAGAUGAGAAGGGGAGGACGGCGUUGGAUAUCGCGGCUGCAGUCGGUAAUCAGAAGAUUUUAGAGCUGUUUCAGAGGAAAAGAUAA